AUGGGGGUGGAUGAUCAGAUGUAUUUACAGAGACCUGAAGUGGCAGUUUCACAUCAGGAAAAAUGUCAGUACAUCACUGUUAAUGUGUUGGAAGGAAAAGACUGCAAAGAAUCUGUCAAGCUCAUUGCAGAAAGCACUAAUCUCUCAGAAGAGCAACUUGCUUUCCUCAUCUCUGGCAUGUAUACCCUGCUGCGAGAGGCAUUGAGACUCCCCUUAUCAACUUUCAAACAAGAAGUUUUUAAGGAAGACCUAAAGGAGCUCAGGAUACCAGAAGAUUUCAUUGUGGACUUUUCCAGUAUAGUCUUUGGAAACAGGCGUCCCACUUCUGAAGGCACAGCUUUGAUACAAGGAAGUAGGCUGCCAAGUGUCCAGGACUUCAGAUGGAGAGUGGACGUAGCUAUAUCCACAAGUUCACUGGCCCGUGCACUUCAACCAUCCAUUCUAAUGAUGCUGAAGCUUUCAGAUGGGACAGCGCAUCGCUUUGAAGUGCCAGUUGCAAAGUUUCAAGAACUGAGAUAUAACGUUGCUCUUAUACUGAAGGAAAUGAAUGACUUGGAGAAAAGAAGCAUACUGAAGAUCCAGGACUGA